AUGGUUCAGUUAAACCACUUAAAGCAGACAAUAUCUUGCUACAAGCACCGAGGUGCUGAAGGAUACUCUCGUCAGCUUUGUAAGAUGAAGGGAGCCUAUGGCCUGUCAAUGCUGGUUCUCCUUGCUUGUGUUUCCAGUUUUCCAUUGCCAGAAAACCACGAACAAAAGGAUCUCUUGGAAAUAAACAGUUUGUGGAAGAUGUUGUCCAAUGCAGAGGAAGAUGGAGGAGCAAGUGCUCUCCUCUACCUUGAAAGCCUGAGAAACAAAAAAAAUGCAGACCCUGCUUCCUUGUUUAGUGUAGCUAAAGAGCUCCAAGGAUUUGGAAAAGAGAGGGCUGGUUUUAGAUUCAGGUUUGGAAGAGGAGAGGGUAAUAAUGAGGUGGAAGACUUAGAGCCACAAGAAGAGAAGCGCAGUGGCAACCCACUAGGAUCCUUAGCUGAGGAACUUAAUGGUUACAACAGGAAGAAAGGAGGAUUUAGCUUCAGAUUUGGAAGAAGAUAG